AGCCUUUAUUUGAGUAGAUUUGACUUCACACUCAGCUACAAAGCAGGAUUAACCAAUCACUCAGAUGCUCUAUCCAGGCAUCCAGAUCUAAGUGAGGGGGUGGAAUUUGACAAUAAAGCUCAAAUCCUACUUCCAGCCAAACUUUUUAACAAGUCAAGUAAAACUGAGGCAAAACCAAACCAAAAAAUGCAUGUAAAAUCCAUGGAAAUUAUAUCCUUGGACUUCAUCUCCCUCAUUCAACACUUGUGUUCAGAACAUAAUACCCUAAUGGACAUGGGCCUCACAAAAUUACUGCAAAAAGGCCUAUGA